AUGAGAGUGCCAAACUCUGUGGUCCUUCCAGUUGGGACUCACAUAGAUUCCUGUUGUGAGAGGGAGGUAGAAGAGAAGAAACAGCACAUCAUGAGCAAGAUCCAAGCUAUGUUGGAGGAGAGGAAGACCAGGUUGGCCCACUUCAUUGCCAAUGUGGAGAACAAUGAGGAAUCAGAAUUCUAUGCGGACCAGUGGAAUAGACUGAAGGAAAUGGAGAGCUGCAGCCUAACGGUAUGAUGGACCGUGGUCUCCUAUACAGUGAGCUUUCUUGCCAAGAUCACCUGACCUUUUUGGAUGAAACACUUUUGCAGGACAUCCUGAGAUACCUCCACCGCAUUGGACUAAUUGUAUGGUAUGAGGAGGUCCAGCUGCUGGAAAAUACAGUGUUUCUACAUCCAGCUAUUUUGAUAACCAUAUUUAAAACUCUUGUCCGGUAUGGUCUGGUGCAGCAGUUAGAAAGCAUUGAUGUGGACAUUUUGAUUGGAGAAUGUGCCACCAUUCGAGACCAGGCCAAUUGGGUAUGGACAUUUAAGGACAAGGCCAUGCUGUGUCAAAAAGCCAUCAGAGCCUUGCUGAAGCACCAACUCUUUUCAGAUGGAAUGAGAGAUGUGUUUGAAGAAAUGGUGUGUAGCAGAUCUCACAAAGGAAAACUGUUCAGUCUCCUGGAGCACUUUGAAAUCUGCCUUGAAGUCAGAAACACCAAAGGACUAGAUCCAAGAGCCAAAGCGUUUGUACCUGGGAAACCGUGGAAAACUCUACAAAGCCAUGAGGAGGCUCACUACUUAUUUCCUACCUAUCUCAACCAGAGUGCAGAGGUUUCAUCAAGGUGGGGAGGGGAUCACACAGAUGAUCUUCAGAUCCGUGUGUAUUUCUCCCCAGAGAUUCCAGAAGGCUUCUUCCAGAGGCUCAUGGUGAAAGCUUGCUGUUUCUUUUCGACUCACUGGGUUGCAAAAACAACGUGCCUACUCAUAAGCAAUGCCAAACCAUUACUGAUCAAAGCACACGGCCAAAAAGGAUAUAGCUAUAUUGAACUCAGGUGCAGAAAACCAGUGGAGAGGUCAGGAUUUCAAUUGUCCUGGGAUUUUAUCAUGACAAUAAUCUCCAUCAACCAUAAACUUUUGGAAGAAUGGCCUGGUCUCCAUCUUUGUCUAAAGGCACCAUGUCGUACAGUGGGAUGUCCUGCAGAAUUUAUAUGGCCAGACGUGGAUGAUAACAGCACUGUGACAAAAGAAGAAAUCAAAACUUGUCGUAUUUGUGCUCAUCGAUAUAAAACUGAGCUACUGUUGCCCAAAGUCCCAAGUGAACUAGACAUCUUCCAGCCUGCUGCAUACUACAAUAUCACCAGCUAUGGGACUGCUACUAUAGGACCCAGCACUCUCCAUGUGGAGAGACAGAACUUCCAGGCCAAUUAACAGCAACAGCACAAGAGAGGACAUUGACACAAAUCCUUUCCAAAAGAGUGGGGGCAGAAGAGUGUGUUUAAAUCAUACUGACCAGUUUGAAUAUUCCAUGGUAUGUCUUCUUGACUAUACCAUUCUAAUAAACACUUCCCAUCUUUGCAAGCAUUACAGAAUGUCAAUUUAUUUACCCAUUAUUUCUGUACACUAGCUAAUGAUCAGUCCCACAAAGGCUGUUUUUUUUACUUGUCAGGGCCUUCAGAAUUUUCUUCUAUAGAACUCUGAGUAGUUUGUAU